GCACAUCGCCAACGUCAGAGCGCAUCUACGUCAGAGCGUAUUGGCCAAUCUGCAACAAUGUCUUGUAUGAACCGGAAAGGGUUUUCGGACUGUGGGGCCUGGCAGUGGUGUUGGGUCUUGAGAGUGGUGUUGGUGGGGCAGUUACGGUCCCCGUUGCUAGUAGUUAACAGGCUAAGUCGCUAAGUUGACUGCGUUUAAGUUCUUCGGUAAAACACAACCUAUAGUUGCUUACAGCUAAGCAUAAAAAUAUAGAUAUUUGUUGCUAUUACAUUUUCUAAAUUGUUUGUUUUAUCACUUUACCCACAGGGUGCAAGUCUUGGUAGAUAGCUGAAAUAAGUCAGCCUCAAGCUGUUCAUAGACCAAAUUGAGAUUUCCGUUGCUCUACAAAAUAAAAGCAUACCAUCAGACCAUUCCUGUUUUGACCACAAAAUGCUUCACAGCGUUAACGCAAAGCUGGGAACAAUGUAAACGCAAUGCCAAUUGUAUCCGUAUCUAAAAGUUAAUAUCUUCUAGCCCAGUCCAGGUACGACGUGUAUCAUUUUCACUUUUCUUUUUCUUUUCUUUUUUUUCUUUUUGAACAACUCGAAAUCUCUAACAAGACAGCAGGGCAAACUACAGCAGGAUUGUUUUUGUCGCUCAGGGGAACCAACCGGAGUUCAUGUCGCUAGCUUGGCUAACCCAGCCUGCUAGCGAGUGAUUUGCCAGCAUGCUAAUGGGGACAGUUUAACCGCAGCACACUGCAGUGAGUCUCUCCUGUCUUGAGUCCGUAGAGGUUCCAGCCGAGCUGAAGUCCGCCGAGCCAUGCGACAGUGGUCCGUCCCCACUGCGACCCUUCGCGUUGAGCCACUCCCGGGGUGCCUGUCCGUGUCACCCCCUCCGUCGGACCCCAGUAUGGAGGCGUGCGAGGUGGAGCCGCGCUACACCAUCGAGCAAAUCGACCUCCUGCAGCGCCUGCGCCUCUCCGGCAUGACCAAACCCCAGAUCCUCCACGCACUGGAGUCCCUGGAGAGGCUGGACCCGGACCACCGCCCACCGCCGCCCCCGUUGCCGCCACGCUGCGACUCCCACCCGGCCCCGCCCAGCAACGCCACGCCCGCCGCCGCCCCCGCCCCGUCCUCUUCGUCCUCCUCGUCGUCGUCCUCGCUCUCUCUGGCCUCGGCCACCACCCAGACCUCGGGCCUCGAGGGCGCGGCGCUGUCGCCCAGCAACAGCUACGAGGCUUCGCCGCCGCCCUUGUACCUCCCCAGCGUGGUGGUGCAGCGGGCGUUCAGCUACGAUAUGAUGGGCGAGGAGGAGUGGGACCUGGAGGAGAAGGUGGAGGAGUACAUGAGAAGAGACAGCAACCUGGUGAAAGAGGAGAUCAAGACGUUCCUGAACAACCGGCGGAUCUCUCAGGCCAUCGUAGGCCAGGUCACAGGCAUCAGCCAGAGCUACAUCUCCCAGUGGCUGCUGCAGCAAGGCCUGGAGAUGAGCGACUCCAAGCGCAGAGCCUUCUACCGCUGGUACCUGCUGGAGAGGAACAACCCAGGCCUGAGGUGGAGUGAAAGCCAGCACAGCGUGAGUCCCAUGGCCAGGGCCAGGGCAGGGGACAGAGAUGGGACGGUAGCAGGGGCGAGCGGCACCCUCCCCAACAUCUUCCCCAACCCCAACACCAACCUGAUGCCCAACCACAACCCGUCCUGGAGCAGGCAGAGAGAGCUGCUGGUGCACCUGCUGCCGUGGUACACAGCCGCCGCAGCGGCUGCCGCCCAGCCAGGUGCGACCUUGUCGAUGCGCUCUUUGGUGAAGGAGGAACCUGACUGGAGAACGGGUAUCAUCGCCAGCGACAGAGCGGGGAUCGUAGGUGGUCCUCUGAGGCUGCGCAGAGGAAGCAGGUUCACCUGGAGGAAGGAGUGCCAGUCCAUCAUGGAGAGCUUCUUCAUGGAGAAUCAGUAUCCAGAUGAGGCGAAGCGCGAGGAGAUCGCCAGCGCCUGUAAUUCUGUCAUCCAGAAACCAGGCUGUAAGCUGUCAGAGUUUGAGCGGGUGACGGCGUUGAAGGUGUACAACUGGUUCGCCAACCGUCGGAAGGAGAUGAAGAGAAGAGCAAACAUAGAAGCCGCCAUCUUGGAAAGCCAUGGGAUCGAGGUGCCAAGUCCGAGCUGCCACUCGAACGGCGAAGAGGGAGAGCUGCAAGAGUUUGUUGAUCAAGUGAACCAUCGGUUCUCAGAGCAGGAGGACGCCACUUCCCAGAAAAUUGUUGACCAACAAGAUGGCUCCGCGCUGAUCACUGGGGAGGCGACGGCGGCCCCGCUGAGCCCCGACCCUCAGGGGGCAGAACAGAAGGACGGGGAUUCAAAAAGGGAGUCUGUGGACGAGGAGUGACUAAACCCAGCCAGACUUUCAAUCGUCAUGUCUGAAUAUUAUUCAGUAUAAAACAGAACAGUAAAAUGCCUCCUGCUCCACCUGCGGGUGGAACCUUCUGGGCCAAUGGAAGGAUGGGGGUGGGGGUUGGUUGAAGCCCUUUGAGGUGCCUCAGGUGAGGAGGCCACUGCAUUUAUCAACAGUAAUCCUGCUUAUAAUAAUGGCAAUAUACAGUCUACGUAUAGGUAUAUAAGGUCUGUGAUAUAUAAAUCAAUAUAUAGUGCAUUCCAAGAUGGUAUCAAAAUGCCUCAAUCCUGUGAGGGGAGCAUUAUGUAAAGGACGCCUCACCAUUUGAACAUAAGCUGUUUUUCUUGUUUAUCUUUUGCUACUUGUUUGGUUUACUCCGGCUGCUGAGUGGAACAAGCUGAGCCUGCAGGUCAGGUUUUGAUUGGCUAUUGUAGAGAGUGCGGCUUCUGUCUUUUGAUGAAACAGAAAAGACAACAAAAAACAAAAAAACGCCGUCUUGUUGCUGGGUUGUCUUUGUCUGGUUUAUAAAGCGAUUGAUAGGUUUUAAUCAAUCAGCACGUGUCGUUGACACUAAAUCUGUACAACCUGGAGGGAUAACUCAGGUAAUCCCAAAGUGACAAAUUGCACCACCUUUCCUUUUAUUCUGUCUGUGUAUUAUUUUUAUUUUUUUUAAUCAGAAUUGUGCUAAAAGAAAACAGUGUUAUUUAUACUUUUUUGAUUUCAUGGUGUCCCGGACUAGAGAUGCUCCGAGAAGUCAACUGCUGACUCUAAUCAGACAAUUUUCAACAAUCAGUCCAAAACAACCACCACUACAUGUAACCAAUAGCAGGUAGAGCAUACAGCCACACUCUUCUGUGUGGAUGUUGUUACUGUGGGAAGAACACUUAAUUAUUUUCGGUUUUAGUCAUAAAGUUAGUUUUCUAUGAAAUGUUGAGACAUACUGUAUCUGCAUAUUAAUCAGGCCGCGUGAGAGAGCAACACUUUGAGCAGAUAACAGGAAGGCUGAAUAGACUGGUGUACACCAAAACUAAAAAAAAACAAACACCUGGGCAUCCUGCUGUCUUGUCUCCCAAGUCAGCUUUAUAGAAAUUCAACUUUUAGACAUUUGACCCAAACAACGUACUUGCAUUGUUAGGGACAUAAGCGAUACAAACAAUAAUGACCCAAAUAUUGAGCUGAAUAGAGACUAUUGAUGGCGACUUAUUUAUCUUAUUUAACUGCCCCAUUACUUACAUCUUGUUUUAGUUUUAUGAGUUUGACUUUUUUGAAUGACGUCUAUUGUGUUUGUUCAACGUACAUCUUUUAAACUUGUCUUUGUUCAGUAUGGUUUUCUUUGUUUGGAACUGAAGAAACUGUUUGGAUUAUAGGCAAAAUGACUAAAGCCAAGUUGCCAUCUUCUUACACACUAAAGAAGGUUGAAUAAAUUACAGAGUAACUAGUUAAGACUCUCCCAUACUUAACCUGAAACGCUGAAGUUGUUUCUCAGUGAUGGAAAUGCGUGACGAAGAUUAGGUCAUUUUACUCACAACGAGGCGUCGUCCUCCCCUUCAUACCAGACCCAUGUCGAAUUUUAAUUCGACAUGGGCCGAAUGGGUCACACCGAGUGAUUGGUACGAAGUUUGUAGACGUGUUUUAUGUAGAAGUAUGCUCAUAUUUCGCUCCAGCUAGUCCGCUUCCACUAUCUGGAACACUAUCCGCGUGCGACAUGGAUACUGUUGAUCAGACGUGGUGAGGAAUUGAAUACAUUUACGAUUCUUCACAAAAUACCUUCUAAGUUUGCGAAAUGGCUAAAAACUCCUGGAUGGAAAUUGCAAAGUCUCUGUCCACAGAGGACUCUGUUUACGGAAAGGUGCGGCGUUCUCUCCGUGACCGUUAUGUUACGCUUCGGGGUGUGACGUGUCGUAUACUGAAGCGCGAGAGUUGUCCACCGGUUGGCGUGUAAGAAGGCGUGUGCCAAUACGUACGUCCAGCAGCUACGUGACCGCGCUCGACUAUUCAACUCAGGGCGAGGAGUGGGAGAGCCUUUAAGGUAAGAAUUUACAUAUCACGGAAAACACACAGGCUGCUGUUUCAGAAAUGCGAGCGAACUUACCGCUAAUAUAAGAUGCUACAGGUAGUUUAGAAAGGUAAACUUUGGGAUAAUUACGCCUUCUGAUAUUGUAAUGAAACAGUUUUACACAACUGGCCUUUCACACAGAAACAGAAUACAUACGUCUGUAUGAAACCCAUUAUUGAAAUUUAAUGGGUUUCAAAGCCGGUUUGAAAUUGGCCACAGAAUCCUGAUGGGUGCAUCUCUAGGCCUUACACACCUACAACCUAAUGUGUGGUUGUUUUUGUUUUUGUUGUUUUUUUUGUUAAACUCAUUGGUGCUGUUUAAUCUCAUGUCAGAGUCUAGCCAAAGAGGCUAGCUUGGUUACAUAAUAAUGUAAUCGUUCUUAUUUUGAUGUAUCCAUAUAUGUAUAUCGUUUCAGAAACGCUAAAACUCGCUUGUUGCGUCUCCAGGAAGGCAUCAGGCACCUUUUCCUCUCUUGCUGGGAUAAGCUAAAGCUUCUAAGCUCCUGUACGUUUUGUGCAAAGCUGCACUUCAAAGUGAAUCUCACUCUUAACUAAUCCCUCAAAACCUCACAGAGGGUGUGUAUUCUUUUAGUUAUACUGUCAUAUUUCCAUACCCAAGGCUGCAGGAGUCGAGUCUAAUUGUUCAUGAAAUGAACAAUCAAUACUUUAUUGUCAAAGGAAGCCACCAUUGUUGCCUCCUAAUGCCAAAGCUAUGCCAGAUAGAGCUGAUCUACAGAUGCCCAGAGCAGCGAGUAGGUUUAUUUGCUCCGCUCAACACUAGCCACCUCAAGCUUACCUCAGAAUGAUUGUUUUUAGGAGGGAUUUCCUGGCUGACAGCAGCCGGUGAAUGGAACUGUUUCUCUUCUGAACGGUGUUGUGUGUCAUGUAGCAUUUGCGGCAUUGGGCUUCGUCCUGUGUUCUCAGUGUCCAGUCACCUCCUCAGACAGUUCUGCUGUCCAGCUUAGGACAGGAAUCCCCCAAAGCUGCAGCGGUUUCUUAUUGCUGCGCUCCUCUGCAUAAGCUUUUAUCUAACAAGGGAAGACAAUAAUAAAAGUGUACACAAUCUU